UCCUCCUCAGCUUUUUGGUCCCCGGAUUGCUCAUGGCCGUCCCCGGGUUCUUCUCUUCCAUGGCGCUUCUCCGGCAUUGUCCUGUAUCGAACACAGAGGACGGAGGAGGAAGCUUCUUCCAUGUCGCUCCUCGCCGAACUUUUCGUCCUCACCUCCUCAACACUAGUUCUGGGUGUGGAUUUCUUAAGUGUUAUAGUGACUAUAUUACAAGAAAAUACCUGCGGAGGAAUAGGACUCAAGCUAUAGCAGAGUAUUUGGGUUCAGCUUCAGAUCCUAAGAAGCCAACUGGGAAGUCAAGUUAUCAUCCUUCAGAAGAUAUCAGAGCAUAUGUGCCAGAGAAGAAUCCUGGAGAUUCUAGGCUUUCACCUCCUGAAACUGCUAGAACCAUCAUUGAGGUGAACAAAAAAGGAACCCUGAUGCUCUCAGGUUUACUUGGUAUUGGAGUUCAUGAGAAUAUUCUCUGGCCGGAUAUACCUUAUGUCACAGAUCAGCAUGGAAAUAUAUAUUUUCAAGUAAAGGAAAAUGAGGACAUAAUGCAGACUGUUGUUACAUCUGAUAAUAAUUAUGUGCAAGUAAUAGUAGGUUUUGAUACGAUGGAGAUGAUCAAGGACAUGGAGCUGAGCAGUCCAUCUGGUAUUGGUUUUGGGAUUGAAGAAAUCGAAGAUGGUGAAAGUGAAGUUGAGGAUGAAAACAAGGGCGAUGAGGAUGAAGGAGAAGACAAAGAUGACGAGGAAUGGGUUGCUGUUCUAGAAGAUGGAGAUGACGAGGAUAACUAUGUCUCAGACUCUGAUGAAUCACUUGGAGACUGGGCAAACUUGGAAACGAUGCGAUAUUGCCAUCCUAUGUAUUUUGCCAGGAGGAUGGCCGAGGUUGCUUCAACUGAUCCUGUAAAUUGGAUGGAUCAGCCGUCCGCUGGCCUUGCUAUCCAAGGGCUCUUGAGUCCUGUCAUUGUGGAAGAUCACUCAGAUAUCCAAAAACAUAUCUCUGGUUGUAUAUCUACAGGCACUGACAAAAACAAGGAGAGAGAAAACUCAGAAGAGAUAUUUGAAGGCAUUGGUGAGAAUGAAUCUGAGAUAUUGCAUGUUGAAAAUUCGAGAAAUGCUAUACAGUACUACAAGCUGGAGAUAAUAAGAAUCCAGCUCAUCACGGCACAGGGGCAUCAGACUGAAGUGGAAGUGGAAGACGUCAGGAAAGCACAACCUGAUGUUAUUGCUUGUGCAUCAGAUGGUAUACUGACUCGUCUAGAAGAAGAUGGCGAUAAACUAACUGAAGCUCUCAGAUCUCUGUGUUGGAGAAAUAAUGGGAUUCAAGCAGAGGAAGUGAAGCUCAUUGGGAUAGAUUCACUUGGUUUCGACCUUAGGAUUUGCUCAGGAAUGCAAAUUGAGACAUUACGGUUUGCAUUCUCGAUAAGGGCAACAUCAGAACACAACGCUGAGGGACAGUUGAGAGAAUUAUUAUUCGCUUCUACACCUUCCAAGCCGCAGAAACCAAAACAAACGAAUCAAAAGGAAUCUUAGAGUCUUAAUAAUGUAGCUACAAGAAACAUAUUCAAACUGCAAUUUCUCGUGUAUCAAUGAAAGUGCCCUCACCAGUCAGACAUGAACUAACACUCCUGCUAACGUUAAAGAUCGUUUGUGGUCAGACAAGCAAUUUCAAGGUUGGCUUAUUGGAGAUUGGUGUGUGUGUGUGUGUGUGGGGGGGGGGGGGGGGGGUCUCAUGUUGUUUCAUUGUUUUCCAAUUAAUUCUUGACACUGUUUAUACAUAAAUAUAUGAUCUUCAAGUCUAAGGGUUAAUAGACUUAUUAAUUCUUC